AUGGAGCAGUAUGACAAUAGCCCCGCAUUCGACGAGAAGCCCGACACGGGCAGGCAGGACGACGACAGCUCGGCGGAGAAAGGCGAGGUCGAUGUGUUAGUUGUCCAGGCUGACGCGCAACAUCACUUCGACGUGAAAGACCUCGACCGUGUGCAGAGGAGGCUGAAGCAGCGCCACGUCCAAAUGAUUGCGAUCGCGGGUACGAUGGGUACGGGCCUGUUCCUUGGCUCGGGCCAUGUGUUGCGAGGGGCCGGGCCGCUCGGUGCUCUGAUUGCAUACGCCCUGGUAGGCACUGUUGCCUACGGGACGCUCUGCAGCCUCGGCGAGAUGGCUUCGUUCGCGCCUAUCUCCGGAUCGUUCCCUCAUUAUGCUGCCCGCUGGGUCGAUCCUGCGUUUGGAUUUGCACUCGGGUGGAAUUACUUCUACACUAGUGCCAUUUCAGCUCCGGUAGAGAUUACCGCUGCGGGAAUCCUCUUGACCUACUGGGACGCGAAUAUUAAGCACCAGGCUGGGUAUAUCACUGCAAUCACAUUCUGCGUGUGUGCCAUCAACAUCUUCGGCGUGAGAUGGUUCGGAGAGGCAGAAUUCAUGUUCGCGAUGAUCAAAAUCAGCUUGAUCACCCUUCUCAUCCUUGCUGGCCUGAUUAUCGAUCUUGGCGGGGGACCUGACCACGAGCGGAUCGGUUUCCGUUAUUGGAAGAAUCCAGGCACACUGACAGGUGCUGGCCUAGAGCCGAAACAUCCUCAUCUCGACAAAUUUCUGGGUGUUCUGUCCGUUAUUGUACAAGCUGCAUUCUCCUUCGGAGGAAUGGAACUCAUUGCUGUUGCUGCCUCGGAGACCGAAAACCCUCGUAGGAACAUAGGAAAGGCUGUCCGGAGGGUGUUCUGGCGUAUUCUCAUCUUCUACAUCCUUGGCAUCAUCAUCACGGGCAUGCUCGUACCCUACAACGAUCCUGCCCUACUCGCUGACACCGGAACGGCUGCGCAGUCGCCCUAUGUCAUCGCCAUGCAGCGCGCGGGCAUCAGUGUGCUGCCUAGUUAUAUUAACGCAUGCAUAUUCACCUCUGCGUUCUCUGCUGCGAAUACGAGCCUUUUCUCAGCGUCACGUAUUUUAUAUGGGCUAGCUCUCCGCGGGCAGGCUCCGAAGUUCCUGGCGCACUGUACCAAAAAAGGGCUGCCACUUGUGUCCAUCCUCGUCUCGGGGUGUUUUACGUGGCUGUCAUUGAUGAGUAUUUCUGCGGGGGCAGACACGGUUUUCACGUGGCUCGUGAAUCUGUCAACCACUGGAUCAUUCUUCAGUUGGGGCGCAAUGAAUGUUACAUACUUGCGCUUCUACAAGGGCCUACACGUUCAAGGCUUUGAUCGCAGCAAAUUUGCCUACUGGAGCCGACUGCAGCCUUUCGCGGCGUGGUGGGCCAUCUUCUGGCUCAGCUUCUUUAUCCUUGUCAACGGUUUCGAAGUCUUCUGGGGCUUCACUGCGACCGCGUUCUUCACAGACUAUGUCAAUAUUCCCAUUUUCUUGGGAUUGUACGCGUUUUGGAAGAUCUUCAAGCGAACAAAAGCCUGGAAGGCGAAUCAGAUGGAUUUUGUGACGGCUAUACCUUCACUGGAGGAGACCGAUGUCCCCGAAGUCCUUCCCGCAACAUUGUUAGGAAAAAUUACUGCCAUACUUUUCUGA